AUGCAACCUUCGAUCUAUACCUUGGGUGAAAAAUUAAAAGUAAAACUGACAUUGUCUACAAAACGUGGCGAUUCCUUUUUGUUAGAAAAUCACAUUGAUCCUUCUGCAAUUAAUUUGAUGCAUCAUGACUGGAUAAACAAGAUUUUUAUAGUAGAACCAUAUAUAGGGCAAAAAGUCGGGUAUAAAUUUCCGGCUACAAAUAAUUUUUAA